AUGUCGGCACCGUGGUCGCGCGUGCCCGGUGGCGGUGCUUCGGCUUCGGCUCCUACAGCUAGAGGCUCCAGAGCCUCCGAAGACAGCGCCACGCUUCAUCAGCCCAUCAGGACCUAUGACGCCCCUUUGGCUGGUCAGCCUGUUGGCUCAGCCGCCUACUACGACAAUAUAACCGACGCGCUUUCCGAGAAAGAGUAUGCUAACCCUCCGUCCAACUAUGGUGGCGCAAGUCAAUGGUCUAAUGACGAAGGCGCUGCCAUCUCCGACACCUACCCUCCUUCGCAGCCCGCUCAACAACGUCGACACAUGCAGAGCUACUCGCACUCCACCGACUUGUCCACUCGUCUUGAGGAGGCUAUGAACAAGGGAAAAGCUGCACUAUCUCCCUCCGCAACUCGUCCAGCCUACAAGCGCCAGGAUAGCGACUCGUGGGAACGUCUGCUCAAAGGAGCUGGCUACUCGAGCGAAUCAGCCAACGCCAGCUUCGUCGGUCUCAACGGUCGACCUUCUCAGCGUCCCAUCAGUGGUCACCCCUCGGUCCGACUUGCCCUCUACAUUCUCAUCCCAACCGCCCUUUUCUGGAUCCCAGGUAUCCUCGCUCUUCUCCUCUAUAACGCUAGACCUGCCAACCAGUUCAAGAGCCCUACCGUGCUUGACGUCGGCAUCUUUUGGUGGUCCAUCUGGCUCAGCUCCAUCUGGCUAGGUUGGUGGUUGUGCCGUGUCGGCGCAAUUCUCAUCCCUCGCGCCCUGCGCUGGACCAUCGGCAACCUUCAUCAAAAGAUGCGACGCUACACUGAAUUCCUCAUCACCACCGAAAAGUAUGUCGCCUUCUUUCUGUGGACCAUUCUACUUGUUGUGCUCUGGUUUGCCAUCAUCAUCGGCAACUUCCAGGGCGCCGACAAGGCCGCCAUCGAGCAGGCCUCUUUGACGCCCACCAAUUCCACCUCCACCGCCUCUUCCUCGGGCACAACCACCGUCAUCACCCAAAAGAAUAGCGAUAGCUCCUGGCCGUCCACUAGCGACAUUAUGCUCUCUGGCUAUCGUCUCUGGUUCGGCAUUUGUCUCAGUGCUGCCAUUUUGCUCGGCGAGAAGCUCCUUAUUCAAGCCAUUGCCUACAAUUUCCAUCGCGUCUCGUAUGAGGACCGCAUUUCGACGAGCAAAUUCAACAUCAAGGUGCUCACCACGCUCUACGAAAAUGCCAAAAAUAUCCAGCGCAGAGACACUUACAUCGCUGCCGAGCAUGAGGCCAAGCGCAAGUCCACUGGCCUUCACAUGGCGCGUCACCGUCUGCGCAAGACCGGUCAAAAGGUGCGAGAUGCAGCGCUCACCAGCACCAGCGUCCUUGGAACUGUGGCAAGCGAGAUUGCCGGUCAGGGCGUUCCUAUGCCCGGUAACAGCCGCUCCGUCGUCGUCUCAUCGCUCAAUUCUCGCAAGCAGACUCAGGCGCUCGCUCGACGCAUCUGGUACAGCUUCUGUCCACCGGGCAAGUCGGAGCUGAUCGUCGACGACAUCAUCCACUGCUUCCCCGAUGCGACCACCGCCGAGGCCGCCUUUGAGAUCUUUGACCGCGACCUCAACGGAGAUAUCACCAAAGACGAGCUUGAAUCCGCCUGCAUUGACAUCCAUCGCGAACGCCUGGCCCUUCAGCUCUCGAUGCGCGACGUUGACUCGGCUGUUGGGCGUCUCGACUCGAUCUUCAUGAGCAUCUACAUUCUCAUCGCCGCCAUCAUCAUUGCCGCCAUGUUGUCGAUCGCCUUCAGCACGCUCGUCACCUCCUUUGGCACGCUCGUCCUCGGUCUGUCCUGGCUCAUCGGUACCACCGCUCAGGAGACGCUGGGCGCCAUCAUCUUUUUGUUCAUCAAGCAUCCUUACGAUGUCGGCGAUCGUGUCGACGUGGGUGAUGAUUCGUACAUUGUCAAGGAGAUGCGUCUGCUUACCACCGUUUUCAAGACGACCAACGGCAAAAACGUCAUGAUCAGCCACAACCAGCUUGCUACCAAGCCGAUUGUCAACCUGCGUCGAUCGGGUGCGAUCGAAGAGACGUUCAAGUUUGAAGUCGCCUACGGCACCUCGUUUGCCCAAAUUGAGGCACUGCGAACCAAGAUGGUGCACUGGCUCGAGGGUGAGAAGCGCGAUUUCUUGCCUGGUCUCGACAUCAAUGUGGUCGAUUUUCAAGAACAAGGCAGCCUUCUGCUUUCGGCUGGCAUUCGAUACAAGUCCAACUGGCAACAAGGGGGACUAAAGGCACAGCGACGCAACCGAUGGCUGUGCCAGCUCAAGGUGUUCUUGGCCGAGUGCCGGAUCUACGGUCCAAAGGGCGAUCCCAAUGAGACUGCGCUGAACCACGUCGUCAAUCUGCCCUACCCGCCACCCGACUCGACCAAGACCUUCACUACCGCCGAGGCAGGUGUGCACAACACGCUGGGUGCAGGUGAACGUCCAUACAAGUUCAUGGACGCGGGUGCCACUUUUGGCGGACACGAUGUCUUUGACGAAGUCGCAGGUGAGAGCGGUACCGCACCUGGAACUGCACCGCCCUCACGACCGCUUUCGCCUGCGAAUGCUCUGGAGCAAGGCAGGCUGCGAAAUCCCACAGGCCUCCCUUCGUCGUCGUCUGGACCCGCGCCUCCGUACGCACUCUCGCGCCGCACAGGCAAUCUGAGCGAGUCGUAUGAGCUGACUGACAAGCCUCGUCGCAUCUGA